AUGAACAGCGGCGGCCUCCCCUGCCCGUCCCCGGCGGGCCCGUCUCCGGUGGCGGGGGCCCCGGCGGGGGUCGGGGCGGUGGGGGUCCCGGUCCCGGCCCCCGGCGCGGGGCUGAAACUGAAGUUCUGCCGCUACUACGCCAAGGACAAGACCUGUUUCUACGGGGAGGAGUGCCAGUUCCUGCACGAGGAGCCCGGCGCCGUCCCCGCUUGCCCCGGGCCCCCGCCCGCCCUCGGGGGGCUCCCGCUCGGCCUGCCCGGCCCCAGCGUCCCCGCCGCCGGGCCCGGCUACCCGCACGGGGCAGCCCCCGGAGCGGCGGCGGCGGGGCCUAAGAAGGCCGAGCUGGGGGGCAGCCACGGCGUCGGCGGAGGAGGAGGCGGCGGGGGGCUGGAUGGACCGCGGCUGGCGAUUCCUGGAAUAGAUGGCGGUGGUUUAGCUGAUGCUAGUCUCACAGAUUCCUACUUUAGUACCAGCUUCAUUGGUGUUAAUGGAUUUGGAAGUCCUGCUGAAGCAAAAUAUCCCAUGAUGCAGAGGAUGACAAAUAGCAGCAGUUCCCCUAGCCUUCUCAAUGACAGUGCCAAGCAGUAUGCAGGCCAUGACCCACUGACUUCACCGGCUUCAUCCUUGUUUAAUGACUUUGCUGCCCUCAGUUUAUCUCAAAGGAGAAAGACACCAAAUCCUACUGCAAGUGAGUUUAUUCCGAAAGGAGGAUCAACUUCCAGGCUGAAUAAUGUUUCUCAGUCAAGUAUGUCUGCCUUCUCUCAAGCCUUGUUCUCUCACCCUUCCAUGGGAAGUCCUGCUACUGCUGGACUAGCUCCAGGAAUGUCACUGUCUGCAGGAUCUUCUCCUCUUCACUCCCCUAAAAUUACUCCUCACACAUCUCCUGCUCCUAGAAGAAGAAGUCAUACUCCAAACCCAGCAAAUUAUAUGGUGCCUACUAGUGCCUCUACUCCUGUUACUAGUGCUGUCUCCCAACCUCCAUCUACUGGCCAGGUGAUUCAGAAGGAAACUGUGGGUGGAACAACAUAUUUCUACACUGAUACAACUCCAGCCCCUCUCACAGGAAUGGUAUUUCCAAACUAUCACAUUUACCCUCCCACUGCACCUCAUGUUGCUUAUAUGCAGCCAAAAGCAAAUGCACCUUCCUUCUUCAUGACAGAUGAACUCAGACAGGAGCUGAUCAACCGACAUUUAAUAACAAUGGCUCAAAUUGAUCAAGCAGAUAUCCCUGCAGUCCCUACAGAAGUUGACAGCUACCACAGCCUUUUCCCUUUAGAACCACUGCCACCACCCAAUCGGAUACAGAAAACAAGCAACUUUGGGUACAUUACAUCAUGCUACAAAGCUGUAAAUAGCAAAGAUGAUCUGCCAUAUUGCCUUCGGAGGAUACAUGGUUUCCGUCUUGUUAACACAAAGUGCAUGGUAUUGGUUGACAUGUGGAAAAAAAUUCAACACUCAAAUAUUGUAACUCUGCGUGAAGUGUUUACCACUAAAGCAUUUGGAGAACAUUCUCUUGUGUUUGCAUACGAUUUUCAUGCUGGAGGAGAGACUAUGAUGAGCAGACACUUUAAUGACCCUAGUGCUGAUGCCUAUUUCACUAAAAGGAAAUGGGGUCAGCAUGAUGGUCCUCUGCCCCGGCAGCAUGCUGGGUUACUACCAGAGUCUCUUAUUUGGGCAUAUAUUGUGCAGCUCAGCUCUGCAUUGAGGACCAUUCAUACAGCAGGAUUAGCAUGUCGAGUUAUGGAUCCAACAAAGAUUCUAGUAACGGGCAAAACAAGGUUACGAGUGAAUUGUGUUGGAGUCUUUGAUGUUUUAACAUUUGAUAACAGUCAGAAUAAUCCACUGGCACUAAUGGCUCAGUUUCAGCAAGCAGAUCUGAUCUCACUAGGAAAAGUUGUGUUGGCGUUGGCUUGCAAUUCUUUGUCAGGAAUUCAGAGAGAAAAUUUGCAGAAAGCUAUGGAACUGGUGACAAUCAACUAUUCCUCUGAUCUGAAGAAUCUGAUUUUGUAUUUGCUGACUGACCAAAAUAGGCUUCGCAGUGUAAAUGAUAUCAUGCCUAUGAUUGGUGCACGAUUCUAUACUCAACUGGAUGCUGCUCAAAUGAGAAACGAUGUUAUAGAGGAAGACCUUGCAAAGGAGGUGCAGAAUGGAAGGUUGUUUAGGCUUCUAGCAAAAUUGGGAACAAUCAAUGAGAGACCAGAAUUUCAGAAAGACCCAACUUGGUCAGAAACUGGAGACCGAUAUCUACUGAAGCUCUUUCGGGAUCAUCUUUUCCAUCAGGUGACAGAAGCCGGCACUCCUUGGAUUGACCUCAGUCACAUUAUCUCAUGUCUUAACAAGUUAGAUGCUGGUGUGCCAGAAAAAAUAAGCCUCAUUUCCAGAGACGAGAAGAGUGUACUUGUGGUAACUUACAGCGAUUUAAAACGCUGCUUUGAAAAUACUUUUCAAGAACUAAUUGCAGCCGCAAAUGGUCAGUUGUAGUCUUUGCUGAAAGCAUGCAGGACAUUGCUGAGGAACUUAACCAAUAGCAAAUUGCACUACAGCUGAACUGUUGUUGUCAUCUCAGUUCAUAUUUGGGAAACAAACAGGAGAUGAGCAAAGCUGCUUGCACUUCAGUCAGGUACACUGUUACUUGAAGGGAAGAAUGUUUCAUUUAUCCUAGAGCUAUGGCUGCCAUAGGAGGCUUUAUCUGUGAAGAAUUUAUUUUAGAUUAAGGAACACAUCAGGUGCAUGAUGUUCCUGCUUUUAUUUUUUCCACUUGUAUAUGCACUAAUUUUAAUUUUUUUAAGACUUUUCUGAUCUCUGAUGUUUUGCCACAUUGUAUACUUAUUAAGGGAAACUCUUUGCAAGGACAUUUCUGGGAUACAUUUUUGUCCCUGAGGAUAUUGCUCAAUUUAUUCAUUUUGAUAUUAUUUGCACCCAGAAUAGCAUAAAGGACCAGGGAAAUAAUUUCAUAGAAAUUGUGUUCUAUAAAUGAGAGUUUAGUUUGUAAUCUCUGUAAAGUGUGUUGUAUGCGAGCUCUGUAUGCCACCCACUGUUAGUUAACAAACCAACCAGAAGAUGCAUAUUU